CCCAUCCCGUGUGGAUUCCUCGUGAGCCAGAUUGAGAGAGAGAGGGAGCACGCGUCGCGUACGAGAGGAGCGAGGAGGAUGGCGGCUGCCACGAUGAAGUACCUGGUGCAGGUGGAGGAGGGGCGGGAGGCGGCGCCGGAGGAGGGCGGCGCGCCGUCGGCCGGGCCCGCCUACCGCUGCGCCGCGGGGGGCGGCGGCGCGUCGCCGCCCGCCGUGCCGGGGCUCGAGUCCUGCUGGGACAUAUUCCGUUUGUCUGUGGAGAAGUACCCUGGUAACCCCAUGAUGGGCCGCCGUGAGAUCGUGGAUGGAAAGGCUGGCAAGUACACAUGGGUGACUUACAAAGAAGUAUAUGACACUGUGCUCAAGGUGGGGGCUUCAAUUCGGAGCUGUGGCGUCGGCAAGGGAGGACGAUGUGGCAUCUACGGAGGCAAUUCCCCUGAGUGGGUUGUCAGUAUGCAGGCCUGCAAUGCACAUGGCCUUUACUGUGUUCCAUUGUAUGACACACUUGGUGCCGGGGCAAUAGAAUUUAUAUUGUGCCAUGCAGAGGUCGAAAUUGCUUUUGUGGAGGAGAAGAAGAUUGAAGAGGUACUCAAGACAUUACCUAAUGCAGCCAAGUUCUUGAAGACAAUUGUGAGCUUUGGUAAGGUCAGUCCUGACCAGAAGGAAAAGGUUGAGCAGAACGGCUUGUCCAUCUACUCAUGGACCGAGUUUGUGCUAAAGGGAGAUGGAGCUGAAGAGAAGUAUGAACUUCCUCCAAAGGAAAAGGCCGACAUAUGCACAAUAAUGUACACUAGUGGAACAACUGGUGAUCCUAAGGGAGUUUUAAUCUCCAAUAAGAGCAUCAUCGCCAUUGUUACAGCAGUAGACGAGUUCCUUAGCAAUUCAAAUGAAGAGAUUCGCUCGGAUGAUGUUUACAUUUCUUAUCUUCCGCUUGCCCAUAUAUUUGACCGUGUGAUCGAGGAGGUGUUCAUUCACCACGGCGCCUCAAUUGGAUUCUGGCGUGGAGAUGUCAAACUCUUGGUUGAAGACAUUGGAGAACUCAAGCCAACAAUAUUCUGUGCUGUUCCACGUGUGCUUGACAGAAUCUAUGGAGGACUGCAAGAUAAAGUUUCAACUGGUGGUUUCCUAAAAAAGACAGUCUUCAAUGUUGCUUACAAAUACAAACAAGGGAACAUGAUAAAGGGAAGCAAGCAUGAAGAUGCAGCUGCUAUUUUCGACAAACUAGUCUUCGCCAAGGUGAAACGAGGAUUAGGUGGCAGAGUACGAGUAAUUCUAUCUGGUGCAGCUCCUCUAUCUAAUCAUGUCGAGGAGUUUCUGCGUGUGGUUACAUGCUCCCAUGUUCUUCAGGGCUAUGGUCUCACCGAGACAUGUGCUGGGUCUUUUGUCUCCUUGCCAAAUAACAUGUCCAUGCUGGGAACUGUCGGCCCUCCAGUCCCAUAUGUGGAAGUACGCCUAGAAUCUGUUCCUGAGAUGGGAUAUGAUGCAUUAUCAAAAGAAUCACCCCGUGGAGAGAUUUGCAUCAGAGGGGACACCUUAUUCUCAGGGUACUACAAGCGAGAAGACCUCACCAAGGAAGUCUUGAUUGAUGGCUGGUUCCACACAGGAGACAUUGGUGAGUGGCAGCAUGAUGGAAGCAUGAAGAUCAUCGACCGAAAGAAGAACAUCUUCAAGCUCUCCCAAGGAGAAUAUGUCGCGGUCGAGAAUCUAGAGAACAUAUUUGGUCAAGCUCCUAAUGUGGAUUCGAUUUGGGUGUACGGAAACAGCUUUGAAUCUUGCCUUGUUGCGGUUGUCAACCCCAACAAGCAAGGCCUGGAACGAUGGGCAGAGUCAAACGGGGUAAGCGGAGACUUUGCCUCGAUAUGCGCAAAUCCUAAAGCGAAAGAGUUCAUCUUGGAGCAGCUGAGCAAAACUGGCAAAGAAAAGAAGCUCAAAGGCUUUGAGAUGAUCAGGGCUGUUCAUCUUGAGUCGGUGCUCUUCGACAUGGAGCGUGACCUCAUCACCCCAACUUACAAGAAGAAGCGGCCACAGCUCCUCAAAUACUAUCAGGGCAUCAUUGAUGACAUGUAUAAGAGCAUGAAGUAGGCUGGACUGAUCACAGCAAGGCGAAUCAAACAGGAGCUUAGCAGACCUUAUCAAAGUUGCAUGUUAUUCUUAACUUAAGUGUGGAUGAAAAUUAAUACAUAGUAGCAUCAGCUAGUCUAGGUUUAAUUUUUUUUUUUACUAUUUUCUCCUUGAACAUGAAAGAAAACGAAUACUUGGAAUUAUGUACAUAUGAAAGUGGCUCUGUCAUGAGUUGUUCAGAUCA